GCAGCACGGACCCUGUGCUUGUCGGCUGCCGGUGCUCUACCAAUAUAACGGUGAUAAAAUAUACACUAUUAUAGUUACCGCGGUUACAUUACAUGUGAAAUAUAAUAUACCAUGUGUUCUAAGAUGCUGCUAGCAGUUGCAAUAGUGGUUAUUAGUAUAGCAGUAUGGCUAUGGAUGAAGUCUUCGACGUCAAAACCACCACCGAAGUUGGACCAGAACGAGUGGUGGGGACCAAACGAGCUGAAGGCUAAACAGGAUACCAGCAUCCGACCUUUCAAAGUCAAGUUUAGCGAAGAGAUGAUAAAAAACCUGCGGUUCCGUCUCAAGAACCACCGGACUAUCCCACCACCGCUGGAGGGCGCUGGGUUCCGCUACGGCUUCAACAGCGAGCAGCUGGCCACCUGGACGAGCUAUUGGGCUGACGAGUACAACUUCUCCGAGAGGGAGGCCUUCUUCAAUCAAUUUCCUCAGUUCCAGACCAACAUCCAGGGGCUGGAUAUACACUUCAUCAGGGUUAAGCCUGAGCAGGUGCCAGCUGGUGUGACGGUAAUCCCCCUGCUGCUGAUGCACGGCUGGCCGGGGUCAGUUCGCGAGUUCUACGAGACUAUCCCCCUACUGACGAAGCAACGCCCAGGUUACGACUUCGCGUUUGAGGUGAUCGUGCCGAGUCUACCUGGAUAUGGAUUCUCUGAUGCAGCCGUGCGACCUGGUUGCGGCCCGGCCCAGACGGGCGUGAUCUUCCAUAACCUGAUGAACAGGCUUGGAUUCAAGAAGUACUACAUCCAGGGUGGAGACUGGGGUUCCGUGGUUGCUUCCAUGAUGGUCGUCAUGUAUCCUGAGGCUAUACUCGGCCAUCACUCCAAUUUUAUGGUUGCCCAGAACGGUCCCGCUUUCUUGAGGAUGUUCAUCGGAGCUUACUUUCCGUCCCUGAUCGUGGAGCCGCACCUGGCCAGCCGCUUGUACCCGCUGUCCAACUUAUUUUGCUACAUCAUGGAGGAGUUCGGAUACUUCCACUUGCAGGCAACCAAACCUGACUCUGUUGGUACGGCUCUCUCAGAUUCACCAGUGGGUCUCCUGGCUUAUAUCUUGGAAAAGUUCUCCACGUGGACUGUUCUGGACAACCGCAACCUGCCGGACGGUGGUCUCAGCACCCACUUCACCAAGGACCAGCUGAUAGACAACCUGAUGAUGUACUGGGCCACCAAUUCCAUCACCACCUCCAUGCGCAUGUACGCCGAGGCCAUGAGCAGUAAUCAGAGGAAAAUUGGUUUUGACAAGAUGACCUCCACAGUGCCGGCGUGGGCACUUCAAGCUAAGUACGAAUUGUUCUACCAACCGGCGAAUGUACUCAAGACGAAAUACCCCCACCUUCUCGGUACCACCGUCUUGGAUGAUGGAGGCCACUUCCUCGCCUUCGAGAAGCCGAGGGAGAUGGCUGACGACGUCUUCAAAGCGGUGAACGAGUUUAGGAAGUACCACGCAACUAACGGAAGAACGGAAUUGUAGUUUUCCAUUAUGAGAUUUUUUAUUGUAUUAUAUUAAUAUUAUUACGA